AAGUAUCGAUGUUAAAAUAAAUCGAUAGAAUUGUCUAUUUGAGGGUUGAGUUGUUAAAAGUUGUAAACAUCAUCAGCAUGGAAGGAUCGCGCAAUUAAAAUUAAAUUUCAUUUAAAAUAGAACAAGGGGACUUGCUGACAACUUGAAGGUAUUUGGUUUAAAUUUGAGGUCAAAAUGCUGUCGAGAGGAGCCCGUGUUCAACCUUUGAUCCUGCUGCCGAUUAGAUACAGCAGCACCAGCAACAACGGCGUAAAGGGACUGCCAGAGGAAGUGAGGAAAAAGCUGACGCAAGGUCCAGGAUUGGGAGAUUUUAUUGAAUAUGGGGGCAAACUGAAGAGAGAAAAAGGCGAAUAUGAAAGACUGUCACUUCCACCGUGGCUCAAACGGAGUAUACCUCAAGGGGAAAAUUUUAGCAAGUUGAAGUCGCAGCUGCGCACCAAAAAGCUGCACACAGUUUGCGAGGAAGCGCGUUGUCCCAACAUUGGAGAGUGCUGGGGCGGUGGAGAAGGACACACUGCAACAGCCACCAUCAUGGUGCUCGGGGACACUUGUACCAGAGGUUGCAGGUUUUGCUCUAUAAAGACGUCAAAGGCGCCACCUCCUCCCGACCCUGAAGAGCCAUACAACACUGCGCAAGCCAUCAAGGAUUGGGGCGUUGGUUACAUAGUCAUCACCUCAGUGGACAGGGAUGAUUUGCCAGAUGGCGGGUCCAACCACUUUGCCCAAACAGUAAUGGAGAUUAAGAAAGCGAAUCCAAGCAUAUUAGUUGAAUGCUUAUGCCCGGACUUUGCUGGGGACAAAACGGCUGUGGACACUGUAAUAAAAAGUGGUUUGGAUGUUUUCGCCCACAACAUUGAAACUGUGGAGGAACUGACCCCACACGUGAGGGACCACAGAGCAAAGUACAGACAAAGCUUGGGAGUCCUACGACACGCCAAAGAUACCUUGCCAGAUCUGGUCACCAAAUCUUCGAUAAUGCUAGGACUUGGCGAGACCGAUGACCAAGUCAUGCAAACUAUGUUAGAUCUAAAAGAGGCAGGAGUGGAUUGUGUCACUCUUGGCCAAUACAUGCAACCGACUAAGCGACAUUUAAAGGUUGUGGAGUAUGUAACGGUGCCAGCUUUUGAAAAAUGGGCGCGAGUUGGUGAUGAAUUAGGGUUUAAGUACACGGCCAGCGGGCCUCUAGUGAGGAGCAGCUACAGAGCGGGAGAGUUCUUCCUGGCCGGCAUAGUGAAAGCACAGAAAAAGAAGAGCUCACAGCAGUCAUAAUCGGGAAUUUUGUUUCUUGAACAAUUUUAUUAGAAUAAACAUUUUGUUGUUACUGA